AUGAGUGGGUACUUUGAUCGAGAGGCGGAGGACGAGUCGCAGGACGAGAUUAUGGACGAGGAAACCGGUGCCGUUCAGAAAAAGGAGAAACGCAGCAAGAAGCAGAAGAAAUCUCGUGAUAACGAUGUCCAUAUGGAUUCUAGCGAGGAGGAGAACACCGAGGACGAGGAAGAAGGUCUUGCAGAGGUUGGGAAAGGCUUUAUUGUCAGUGACGACGACGAAGAGGAGGAAGAAAGUCAGAGCGAACCUGAAAACAGAUCAAGGAGGAAGCGAAAGCGCAGAAGGUCGGCUCGUGAGGAAGAAGAAGAUGAUGAAAUGGAUGAGGAAGAUCUUGAUCUCAUUGCCGAAAACAUGGGUGAAGAAAGGCCGAGAGGCAACAAGCUUAAAAGAUUCAAACGUGGCAAAGCAGAAGAACGGCCGAGGAAUGAUGACCGCGAUCUAGUCGAUAUAUCGUCUGACGAAGGAGCCGGUGAAUUCAUCGAAGACUUAGGGGACGAAGAUGAUGGAUUUAUCGAAGAUGAUGAUAUGUCCGAGGAUGAUGUCGACGAGCGUAACCGUGCUAAAGACAGAGCCCGAGAACAAAAGAGAGCGGCUGCUACAGGGAAGGGCUUCCUCAAUGCUGAUUCGAUAGAAAAAAUGGAGGAAAUAUUCGGAGAUGGACAUGAAUACGACUGGGCUAUUGUGACGGCAGAAGAACUAGAGGAAGAGAAGAGAGAACAGGUCAUGAAUCUUGAGGAUGUCUUUGAGCCUAGUGAACUCAAAGAGCGCAUGCUUACAGACGAGGACAAUGAGAUUCGCUCAAUCGAUAUCCCGGAACGAUUCCAGCUGGCUCGAAAGCCAUAUGCACAUAUCGCAAUCACGGACGAGGAGUAUGCGGAAGAAGGAAACUGGAUUGCAUCUCUUAUGUUCGCACAGAAGCGAAAUUUGCAGCCACAUCAUCGACAGCCAUUUUUCCGCGCUGUCAAUCGCGUUCUCGAUUUCAUCGUAAAGGACAACAUGGAAAUCCCGUUCAUUUACCAAAACCGAAAGGACUACAUCAUUCAUAACGAGGGUCGUAGUGGUGGUGACCGUCUGUUGGGUCAGGAUGAAUUAUGGACGGUCAUGGAACUUGAUCUUAAGUACCGGGCCUUUAUCGACAAGAAGAAUGCUGUUAAGCGAACCUAUCAGUCCCUCAAUAUUCAAGAUGAGACAUAUAGCGACAGGAUCAAUGAUCUCGAGAACGUGGAAGAAAUACAGGAUUUGCAAGAGUACCUGCAAUUCCGAUACUCUGAAGAACUCAAAGAUCUAGCGGCCAUUCAAUCGCAGGCCAAUGGGGCGAACGGAGCACACAAAAAGCGACCAGGUGCCACACGCACUAUCUUCGACAAGAUCAGGAAGUCUCGGGUCUACAAUUUAGUCAAGGCUUUCGGUAUCUCUGCUGCCGAAUUUGCACACAAUGUCAGCUUGGACCAGAAGCGCAAUUUUCCAGACGAGCCUGCGGAAUUCCCUAAUGAGUUGGCUGAUACUUGUCUGGACGGUCGUGACUUCAAAACUAGUUCUGAGGCCCUGAAGGCCGCGAAAGCCAUGCUUGCAGAGGAGUUUUUUAUGAACCCCAUCCUAAGGCGGGCUGUUCGCCAGAAACUAUUCAUCAAUGGGCAGCUACAUGUCAAGACAACCGAUAAAGGCUUGAAGAAGAUCGACGAACUACAUCCCUAUUAUGAAUUCAAAUAUCUUAAAAACCAGUCAACUGGGGCUCUUUUAAGUCACCCUGCGCGAUUCCUGAAAAUGCUGGCUGCUGAGAGCGAAGGCUUGGUUACCCUCCAAAUCGAGAUGAGCACCAAAACCCGAUUUCUCCGCCAGCUCUAUGACCUCAUCUCAUCCGAAAAUUAUAGCGACCAAGCAGACACUUGGAACGAAGAAAGAAAGGAUGUCGUUGACAUGGCUAUGGAGAAACUACUGAAUCUGAUGGCCAAGAACUACAAAGAGAAUAUCAAAACAGUUUGUGAGGAUGAACUCGCCAAACAAGUUCGCAAGAACUACACGGAAAGACUUGACCAAGGUCAUUUCCAAGUUAAUCCGGCGGACCCCAAUAUUCUCCCUCCCCGUGUUCUUGCGUUGACUGCUGGUCAGGGUACCGAUCUGAGAGAUGGUGUUUUCGGUGUGUUUAUGGAUCAAUACGGUAAAGUUCUAGAAACACUUAAGAUGAACGGCGUGCGCGAUACGGAGGAGGUCAAGAAGUUUGUUAAGCUUAUCAACGACCGAAACCCUGCCGUUAUCGCCCUCGGCGGAUUUACCGUUGCGACAUAUACACUAGAAUCAGCAUUGAGGAAGAUUAUUGAAGAGGAAGACAUUCGGCUUGACGACGAAGAUCAUGGUCAGCGCAAUCUUUUGGAUGUUAUCUUCGUUCAGGAUGAGGUCGCACGUCUUUACAUGAACAGCGAGCGAGCAGCGGUUGACUUCCCGAGCCAGAGCUCUCUUGGCCGGUACUGCGCUGCUCUUGCUCGAUAUGUGCAGAACCCCUUGUUGGAGUACGCAGCUUGUGGUCAAGAUGUUUUGUCUAUUAGCUUCCACCCCGAUCAACAGCUCUUACCUCGAGAGAAGCUCGAAUCCAACUUGGAAAGCGCCAUGGUAGAUAUGGUCAAUCUCACCGGCGUAAACAUCAAUGAGGUGGUUAACAACCAAUAUUACGCGAACUUGCUACCGUACUUGUGCGGUCUCGGACCAAGAAAGGCGGGGCAUAUGCUCAAGAUGAUUGGGCAGAAUGGUGGAAGUGUGCAGAGUCGUAGCCAGAUGGUUGGUGACCCUGAUCUUAAUAUCAAACCGCUGAUGGGGCCUUGCGUUUGGACCAACUGCGCCAGUUUCACAAUUAUCGAAUACGCCUAUGAACUGAAGGCAGCCGAUUCCGAGUACCUGGAUAGUACCAGAGUUCACCCUCAAGAUUACGAACUUGGUCGCAAGAUGGCCGCCGAUGCGCUCGAGCUCGAUGAGGAAGACGUUAACGAAAGGACGAAUAACGGCGAUGACCCAGGAGCGGUCAUAAGGCUGAUGAUUAGCAAGGAUGAACAAUACAAAGUUAACGAAUUAAUCCUUGAAGAAUACGCCGAUGAAUUGGAGAGGAAUUUCAACCAAAGGAAGAGAGCCACCCUAGAAACAAUCAGGGCAGAACUUCAAGAGCCUUACGAGGAACUACGAAAUCCAUUCAGAAGGUUGUCCAGUGAGGAAAUCUUUACUAAGCUUACAGGUGAAACUGUGGACUCCCUUGUGCCCGGUAUGAUCGUGCCAGUGAAUAUCCGAAGAGUCACCGACCGCUUCCUAGUUACAAAGCUCGACUGUGGAAUUACUGGAAAUGUCGCCUCCGAAGAGAUGUCCGAUAAGUUCGGCGUCUCGCCGCAUAGUCUGUUUCACGUUUCGCAGACAGUCCAAGCCAAGAUCAAAACCAUUAAUAUCCGAUCUUUCUAUGCGGAGUUGACAUUGAAGGAGUCAGAGCUUCGUAUUCCCUUCCGUAAGAGCUACGAGCGCGAACAGGAUGAGUGGGACGAGGAUCAAGAAGAAAGGGAUAGGGUUGCCCUUACUGUUAGGCAAGAGGAACAACAUCGUGCUGCACGUGUUAUCAAGCACCCACUAUUCCGUGCAUUCAAUAGUAGGCAGGCGGAAGAGUAUUUGGCCCAGCACUCUCGAGGCGAUGUGGUUAUCCGCCCAUCAUCGAAGGGGCAGGAUCAUAUUGCUAUCACGUGGAAAGUUGGUGACGGCAUGUACCAGCAUAUCGAUGUUCUUGAGCUUGACAAAGAAAAUGAGUUCUCUAUCGGCCGUACUUUGAAGGUUGGUGGGAAGUACACGUACAGCGAUUUGGACGAUUUGAUCUUCAAUCAUAUUAAACCGAUGGCUAAGAAAGUCGGAGAGAUCGAACGUCACGACAAGUUCAAGAAAACCCGGGAGGAGGCCGAGGCAUGGUUGACAAACUACGCCGAGGCUUUCCCUGGCCGUACCGUUUACGUUUUCCAUCCCGAUCCUAAGAGACCAGGCCAUUUUGACCUAUGCUUCAAGACCGGGCAAAACAAGCCACCAAAUUCUUGGAAGGUUACAGUAGUACCACAGGCGUUUUCUCUCGCAAACAACCUCUAUGGUGACGUUAAUGCUCUCUGCAACGGAUUCAAAAUUCUAUUCACGAAUCAGCAACAACAGUACCAGGGACGUAUGGAACAGCAGAUGCGCCAACAGCGGUAUGGUGGCCCUCCACCAAUGAGGAGAUAG